AACAUUCGUCGACAGGGUCUACAAACAUCUGUCAAUAGCAAUAAAUGCAGUGGUAACUUGACUGUGAAACGAUAUUAAAACUCAGAAACUGUCGAGUGAAGAAUGUGCUGCAUUAGAAAAUUGUGUCAUUCGUGCUGAUAGAAGCUAGAUUCAAAGUCAAUACACGGUGCAUCGAGAGCGAAAGUAAAAGCAACGCGCUCAGAUUUAGUUUCAUAAAAGUGACGGCAAAGAAAAACGUUACACAUAAGAAAAUAUCGUCGAGUUUUUCGAACUAAAAGUCAUUCCGUGUCUUUUCUUUGCUUCGUUCUGUGAUUCGGGACUUCAAAAACUAUGUCAUUAAAAAUAAAAAGAACGCGAAAUAGUACGCUUAAAUAGUCGAAAGAAUCUGUACCCGGUAAAUAUACUGAAGUGGAAGAGUGAGCGCAAACGGAAGCUGAAAUAACCUAGGAAAAAAAUGUCCUAGCGAAGGCAGGACCUCGCUUAGGUGUUCCCUUGUCCCUGUUCCAUACAUCCCAGUCCCCGGAUCCCUCCCGGAACCCUCCCGAGCCUAACCAAAUCCAAACUCCUUAAUCCUGAUCGCUGAUCGUAGCCCCACCCGCGGUAAGAAACCACACCCAACCGGAAACGAGGUCCGGACAACUUUCCAAGAACAAGAUAAUAGCUGCAGGUGAUGCUUUUGGCUCCCCAAAAUCAAGGCGACUCUUGAAUUAUUCUGGAAACGCGGUGCGGAUCAGGCACUGAACAGAGCGACUUACGUCGGUGCCGGGGGUUGACGAGGCGGCAGAGGUAGUGGUGGCGGAACAGCGGGGAUACUAUGGGAGCGGGGGAAUGGGGGUCGGAGGAGGGCCAAAAGCCACGGAACUCCGGCGACGGCUGUCCCAAAAAUCCUGCGACCGGCGAACACCUUCGCCUAAUCUGCUAGUAAAUGACGGCCGCAAAAACGACGAAUAUGCUCGAGGAUGCAGGGAGAAGGACAGCAGGACGGAAUUGCCGAAAAAUCCGAGUCUAUCUUCGGGCCAGCCGACGUGUCUAGGAUCAUGCAGACGUCGGUACAAGGAGCGACAGGAUGAGGACAACGUGAUCCCUGGAAAAGUGAGGCUGGGAGCAUCUGCCGAUUACCGUCAGCGGCGUCUGACAACCGAAGACCAACGAGAUGCCGAUGAUAAUAUCAAGAGACGCUGUCAGCUUCGGGGGAACUGGAGCUUUCGUUGGCUCUUCGAAAUGGUGGCACAAGCUCUGGUUCUCGGCGUCAUACUUUUCGUCACACCAGGCUUGUGCUACCAGGACGCGGUCCAUAUAACGGCGAUCCUGGGCGAGAGCGUGGUUUUCAACUGCCACGUGGAGUUCCCGGGUGAGCACCCAGUGCCCUACGUCCUCCAGUGGGAGAAGAAGGUAGGCGAAACGGUACGAUAUCGGCCACCACCCUCUGCUCUAUCCGGGCAGGAAAUACCGAUUUACAUAUGGUACGAGUCGUACCCAACCCACAGCGGCGAGGGAUACGAGGGUCGCGUCUCGAGGGUCGGUCCCAAUUCACCCUACGGAGUGGCCAGCCUCAACCUGACCAACAUUCGAGAGAGCGACCAGGGCUGGUACGAAUGCAAGGUCGUCUUCCUAAACCGCUCCCCGAACAGUCACAAGAACGGCACCUGGUUUCACCUCGACGUCCAUGCUCCUCCGCGAUUCAGCAUCACCCCCGAGGACGUAAUUUAUGUGAACCUUGGGGAUGCGAUAAUCCUGAAUUGUCAGGCCGAAGGCACUCCGACGCCGGAAAUCUUGUGGUACAAGGGUGAGGACACUGUUCAACCCUCGGGCACGAUCGGAAUCUUCAACGACGGCACGGAGCUCAGAAUCGCCACGAUACGCCACGACGACAUCGGCGAUUACACCUGCCUAGCCCGGAACGGCGAGGGCCAGAUCAGUCACACAGCGCGAGUGAUCAUCGCUGGUGGAGCGGUGAUCAUGAUGCCCCCAACGAACCAGACGAAACUCGAGGGUGAGAAGGUGGAGUUUUCCUGCGAGGCGAAGGCUCUUCCGGGCAACGUGACUGUCCGCUGGUUUCGCGAGGGUGCUCCGGUCAAGGAGGUUGCGGCUUUGGAGACGCGGUUCACCAUCAAGAUGGACGGUAGCCUCGUCGUGAAUCCCGUCAGCGCUGACGACUCCGGACAGUAUCUCUGCGAGGUGACGAACGGCAUCGGGGAACCUCAGAGUGCCAGCGCCUACCUCAACGUCGAAUAUCCAGCCAAGGUCACCUUCACCCCGACCAUCCAGUACCUCCCUUUCCGGCUGGCCGGCGUCGUCCAGUGUUUCAUCAAGUCUAACCCGCCUCUGCAGUACGUGACAUGGACGAAGGACAAGCGGCUUCUCGAGCCCUACCAGACCAAGGACAUCGUCAUCAUGAACAACGGUUCGUUGCUCUUCACGAGGGUCAGCGAGAACCACCAGGGCCGGUACACCUGCACCCCGUACAACGCCCAGGGUACGCAGGGCAGUUCAGGGCCGAUGGAGGUGCUGGUCAGGAAGCCACCGGCGUUCACCGUCGAGCCGGAGCCCAUCUACCAGCGGAAGGUCGGCGACACCGUCGAAAUGCACUGCGACGCCCAGGAGGCCGAGGGCACGCAAAACCCGACGAUCCAGUGGCAGCGAAAGGACGGUGCACCUCUGCAGCGGAACCGCGUUAAGGUCGUCGGCGGAAAUUUGACCAUCGAUAGCCUAAGGCGGUCGGACUUUGGCUUCUACCAGUGCGUAGCCUUCAACGAGGUCGCCACCAUCGUCGCCGGCACUCAGCUCGUCAUCGAGGGUAGCCAACCUCACGCUCCCUACAACGUCACCGGGAAGGCUACCGAAUUCUCCGUCACCCUUGAAUGGCUGCCGGGAAACUCCGGUGGACCGGACUACAAGCAGGACUACACUGUGUGGUACCGUGAAGCUGGGACUUCGGAUUGGGCGACGAUACCGGUCACGCCAUCAGGCAGCACGACGGUCACCAUCAACAGGCUGGUUCCGGCAAUGGUUUACGAAUUUCAAGUAGUAGGGAAAAAUGCCCUCGGCGAAGGAAUGCCCAGUAAAGUGAUUACGAUUCGAACACUGGACGUCCGACUACAGUCUGGGGGAACGUCUUCGGGUGGCCCAGCUGCUGCCCCCGAUCAAACUGGAAAUCCCCCCGUCCAUCCAUCAACCGCCCAUCCGAAAGGACCUAAACCGGGUCCGCCGAGAAAUUUGACGGUAACCGAAGUCAGCAACGGAUUUCUCAUCACAUGGCAACAACCUCUGGAGAGGAGCCACCUGGUACAGUCCUACACCAUAAAGUACAAAACUGACGCCCAGUGGAAAACGCUCAACAAAGGACGACAAAUUCGUCCCGAGGAAACCAGCUUCCUGGUAAAAAGUCUGGUCGGAGGACGGACGUACCACUUCCAAGUCUUCGCGAAUUCGGAAACAAACUACGGGGCCAGCGACCAAGUGAAGUUUCCGGUUCCAGCGAGGGUAAAGCACAAAGCGAUAACCGCCGGGGUGGUUGGCGGCAUCCUGUUCUUCAUCGUGGCGAUAAUCCUGAGCAUAUGCGCGGUGAAGAUAUGCAACAAACGGAAACGACGAAAACAGGAGAAAGAACUGCUUUCAGCGUAUAACAUGGUGGCCUGCCGAGUCACUGAUUCAAGGAACGGCGCAGGGCAGGGCCCCCAGGGAACAGUGCCUUUGAAAAAACCUGGAAAAGGCCGAGUACCAGGUCUAAAUCUGCUGCGGGAGAACCUGACGCCGGACACGCCGGACUCGUUGCGGGGCCGUCCGCUGGGUAAGAUAUCGAGGGCAGCCGACGGGCGUUUCGUCAUCGCAGACUCGGUGGGCGGAAGUUCGGGGAACAACAGCAUCCUGGACACAUCGAGCAGCGACGACGGCGGCUUCCUGCCGAAGACGAGCCGCCUGAACGCCUGCUGGCGGCGCCCCCUUGUGGGAACGAGUCAACUGAGCUUGCGCUCGGACGGCAGCGCCCUCUCGCUGGGCCCGGGACACCCGACGGUCCCAAUAUCGGCGGGCCCGCGGGCCCCGGCCGUCCACGCAAUCGCCUCCCCGCGAUUCCUCGCGAGCUCACCUACCGGGCCGCACGUCCCGUGGUCCCCGAUGUACUUCAGCGACCUGAGCUCGGUGCGGCAGCCUUCGUCGGGCGAACGCUCCUUCCCGACGCCCCCCGGAUACCUCCAGCUCCGUUCGAUGCACCAGCGUUACAGUCAGGAACUCCCUUCCCUGAGGGCGAUCCACGCCGAAUCCCGACGCUUCAUCCCCGUCCAACCACUGGCGACUUCGUCCCCCCCCCAGACCGCUGGGAGGCCUAAGGCCCGGCUGCCCCCGCGACACGCGCGCCACGCGCGGAGCGCCCCCGAACUCGCAGCUUCGCCGGACCUCGAGACCUCGCCCGAGAGUCGCAGCAGCAGCAGCGGAUUCGGUAGCAAGAACACCUCGCAGCAGAACCAGAGCUCACGCUCUGGCAGCACCGUCGCCGAAUGGCGUCCGCCCCCUUAUCGACCCCCGCCGCCGCCCCUCAUAGGCCGAUGGCUCGAGCUCCAGGAGGGCGGAAAGCCGCCGCCCCACAAACCCCUCGACGCCGGCAGCGUCGACGGACACUACGAGUUCGAUCCUGUCUCCUGCACCCCCACGCCCACCUCCGCCUCCACCCCCACCAGGGAAGAACGUGUACCUGUUCAUCACCCGCCGCCCAGGUACACUCGGGACAACAUCGAGGCCAGGGUCCAGGCCAUGAAGGCUGAAUUCCAUCAGUUCAGACAGCGGCAGGCUCGCAGAAGACAGAGUGCGCAUCUUGAGAGCGCGUGCUAGUG